GUCAUGGUGGGGAAUGGAAGAAUGUUGACUUUUGGUGUUCGAACUGGACUGGAUCUGGCCCUCUUCUGCUCAGGUAUGCCGUUUCUCCCUCGUGCUUUCCAUGCCUGGAUGAGUUAUGGGCUGAUGGGUGCUAGCAGUGGCAAAGUUUGGGGGUGCAGCCAGAACUUGUUAAGAGGUGUUCCACUGGUGGUAAUUUGGAGAUUAUGGAGGGAGCGAUGCAGAAGGGUCUAUGAAGAUAGCUCACUCUCGGCCUAUGCAGUGUUUCUAGAUAUCUGCUCCACUCUGCGUCUUCAGGCUUAUGGCGUUAGACCCAAAGAUACGGAAGGCAUGAUUGGUAUGGAAUUCUUGAGGACAUUAAAGCUGAUUUUCUUUCCAACUGGUUCUCUCUGUGAUGUGGUGCUUUCAGUUUGGAGGACUCUGCUGGUUUCCCUUGUUCCUGCUGGUUUUUCAGGCAACAUCUGUUUCUUUAAUGCUGUUGUGGGGGUUCUCAUGUUGCUUUUCUGCUGCUUGUUGUCUGGAUGCACUGUUCAUGUGAACUGCUUCGCGAUUGCUGCAGAUUGUCUCUUCCAGCUGAUCUCAGUUGAUGUUGGUAUUUCACGGUUCUGUUCAGCAGCAUUUCUUCUCUGUCCAAGUCCACUGCUCACCGGGAUCCCAGCUGCUUUCUCUUAUGGUGUUACUGCUGCCUUUUCUGAUGAAUUUCAGCUGCCUCUGCUCUCACCCUUUGCAGCUGCUUUUCAUGCGUCUGUUCACCUGAUUACAGCUGGAAUUUCAGCUGCUGUUCAACUGGAUUAA